CAUAUUUUUACCUGAACUUAAUACUGCUGACCAUGAAAACACCUUAGAUCUCAUACAAUGGGUUGGAAUAAAUGCAAUAUAGUGCUCAAUAGUCCAGAAUCGUAUUUUUAUACUAAUAAUAUUGUCUCAGGAACUGUUACUUUAGAAUCAAAGAGUAAACGCAAGCUAAAAGAUAUUUAUUUAGUCGUCAAAGGAACCAGUAAAGCCGCGUGGUCAAGAUCAGCACCAACUAUGCCUUACAUUAGAGUAUACACUGGGAAAGAAAAAGUUUUUGAGCUUCAAAUCGAUAUUUUUAAGGAAUUAAAAGGUCAUAAAGUAAAACCGGGUUCAAUCAGCUCUCAAUUUCAUUUUAUUCUACCACCGGAUCUUCCAUCAACCUAUGAAGAUUCUGUCGCUAAAAUAUAUUACCACAUUAUAUUAAAGGAAAAGGAACAACAGAUAAUUAAAAUUCCUAUAACGGUAAUAAGUUACGUGAACUUAAACCAUCUUCAAGAAUACAAGGUGCCAACCAUUUAUGACAUGACAAAGGUCUGUCGUUUCUCUGAGGAGGUAGUGGUUUUUUUGAGAACAUAUAAAUCUUUUGCUCCUCAGCAAUUCGUACCUUUCGAGGCGAUAAUAUCUAAUGAAAAGAAUGUAACCAUAACUAAAAUUGUAGUUAAACUUAUUCAAAAAUUGGAGUAUAACGUCUCCUCAGGGUUUUAUAAUGCAGAAAAAACUGUUUGUAAGAGCGAGCACCUUGAUAUUAAAAAUGUUGCCAGACAAACAUGCACUUUUGGUAUGAAUGUUCCUAAAGUAAUUCCUUCAGCACUGAAUGACUACAAUCAUAUGGUAAAAAGUUCAUAUUUGUUACGGGUUAAAAUAAGUUUUCGGUUUCAUUUUCCGUUAUAUUCUGAUAUACCUGUUGUUGUAACUUCCAUUCCAGUAGAACAUGAAAUGUUUUAGUUCAAUAUAUUAUAAACUU